CCAUCCACACUCUAAAACCUUUUGAAGCUCCCGAGCUGAGAGUUCAGAAACCAGUGUUACAGAAGCUAUUCAAAUAAAUAAUAAAAAACAAUUAAAAGUUUCUGGAAUAAUAAGUUUUGGCCGUUAAGAGCCCAUUUGCAAAAGCUCAUACAUCCGAGGGUAAAUAUUUACUGUACUGACUCCUUCAGCUUCUCUAACGGCUUUAUUACAUUGACUGUCACUGUGAUGCUGUUGCAAACCUUGUCAGCAUUUAUUUUCUGAUGGGAUUGUAUAGUGACGAUUGCUGCUUAAUCCUUAAGAAGUUGAUCUAACUGUGGUUAUGCUUCUGAAAGCUUGUUUAAAUCUGCUUUAUCUAUAGUGUUCGCUGAGCAUUUGGGGAUUGAGACAUAAGAGAAGAAAAGCUGUGCAACUACCUUUGACAGGUAGUUGUUAUUAGGUUUGAGUGAAUAUGGAAGUUCAUAAUGAUGGAACAGCUCGCAAUGCUUUAACUCCGCUAAGAUUGGUUAGGGGUGUGUUGUGUUUAUUUGUGCUAUUUUUGACAGCAUUUAUGAUGCUAGUAUAUUUUGGCUUUUUCGGUGCUGUUGUAAUUCGAUUUUUCAGCAUACAUUACAGCAGGAAAGUGACAUCUUUCUUCUUUGGUGCUUGGUUAGCCUUGUGGCCUUUCCUUUUUGAAAAGAUAAACAAGACCAAAGUAAUUUUUUCUGGAGAAACUGUUGAUCCUAAGAAACGCAUUUUACUUAUUGCAAACCAUCGAACCGAGGUUGAUUGGAUGUACUUGUGGGACCUGGCAUGGCGGAAGGGACAACUUGGAUACAUAAGGUAUAUACUCAAAAGCAGUUUGAUGAAACUACCCAUAUUUGGUUGGUCAUUUCAAAUAUUGGAGUUUAUACCUGUCCAAAGGAAGUGGGAGGUUGAUGGACCUAUCAUGCACCAAAUGCUUUCAACUUUUAAGGAUCUGCGGGAUCCUCUCUGGCUUGCUCUUUUCCCAGAAGGCACAGAUUUCACCGAGCAGAAGUGCAUUCGUAGUCAGAAAUAUGCUGCUGAAAACGGGUUACCUAUCCUAAACCAUGUGUUGAUUCCAAAAACUAAGGGUUUCUAUGCUUGUUUAGAAGAUUUGAGGGAAUCUCUGGAUGCAGUUUAUGAUGUGACUAUUGGUUACAAGCAUCGCUGUCCAACUUUCUUGGACAAUGCUUUUGGGUUGGAUCCUUCUGAAGUCCAUAUGCAUGUUCGACGUAUCCCGCUCGACGACAUCCCAACAUCUGAAGAAAAGGUUACUACAUGGUUAGUAAAUCAAUUCCAUCUCAAGGACGAGUUGCUUUCUGGUUUUCAUUCUCAAGGUCAUUUCCCUCAGCAAGGGACAGAAGGGGAGCUCUCUACUGUGAAGUGCCUUGUUAAUUUUUCAAUGGUAGUUCUUUUGACUGGCAUAUGUACCUAUUCCACAUUUUUCUUGUCCAUCUGGUUCAAAGUCUAUGUGUCUUUGGUCUGUGCAUAUCUCACAUCUGCAACCUAUUUUAACAUUCAACCAUUACCAAUUUUUCACCUUUUUAGAGCUAUGUUUAAUGGCAAAUCAUCCUAGUUCUCUUUAUGUUUGUAAUUCUAAUGUGGGUUCUGGGGCCCAUAGGAUUUCAUGAUGGAAGGUCAAUUUUUUUUUUUUUUGGGUUCAUUGGAUGGUCUAUGAUGUGGAUGGCUCUCUAUUAACAAUGCUGAUACAAGUGCUUCAUGGGA